CACAUAGCAUGGCUCGCUCUCCUCACCCCUCUGGCUGGAGGGAGAUGACAAAUGGAGAAGGGCACCCCCAUUACAACCAUGGCGGCCAGACCGGGGGUUCCCACAGCACCACGCGCUACAUGCAGAAGAAACAGCACCGCCACAGACGCAGGUCCUCCUCCCCGAUGGGCCGGGUCAUUAUCAUCAACUCACCUGUUGACGGAGGGGAGGACAGUGAAGACAUUCACACAGUGACAGUAGAUAAGAGUCCAGAUGGGCGGUUGGGGUUCAGUGUCCGUGGGGGGUCUGAACAUGGACUUGGCAUAUUUGUCAGCAAGGUGGAGGAUGACAGCACUGCAGAGCAGGCUGGGCUGACGGUGGGUGAUAAGCUGGUGGAGGUGAACGGGGUCAGCCUGGAGAGCAUCACCAUGAGCAGCGCUGUGAAGGUCCUGACGGGCAACAACAGGCUGCGGAUGGUGGUGAGACGGGUGGGCAAGAUUCCCGGCAUUCGCUACUCCAAGGAGAAGACCACAUGGGUGGAUCUGAUUCACCGGCGGAUGGUGGUGGAGGAGAGCGGUCGAACACCGUCAGAGACGAGUUCAGACAGUGCUCUCCGGAGGAUCGUGCAUCUCUUCACCACAUCAGAUGACUACUGUCUGGGCUUCAACAUCAGAGGAGGCAAAGAGUUUGGACUGGGAAUUUAUGUUUCUAAGUUGGACCCAGGUGGGCUUGCAGAACAACAUGGCAUCAAAAUGGGUGAUCAAAUCCUUGCAGCAAACGGGAUCGGCUUUGAUGACAUCACCCAUAGCAAUGCAGUCGAGGUUCUGAAGAGCCACACUCAUGUCAUGUUGACCAUCAGGGAAGCUGGGAGAUAUCCUGCAUACAAGGAGAUGGUGGCAGAAUACGGCUGGCUCGACAAACUGGCCAGUGGGGGCCGUGCUCCAUCCUCCCAAGGUUCAGAUUCAAACUCCUCUGCCUCCUCGUUGUCCUCCAGCACCCCUCUCAGCUCCCUCAGUGGUCUUUCCCAGGUCCUUUUCCCUCCAGUCUUUGGCUCAGACAUGGUAGACAUCGCCAUCUCUACAGAAGACUGCUCCCGACGUCCAAGCAGUGCCGAGCGAACUGCUGAUACCGCCAUGCAGACCGACCCCCAUCCUCCAAACUACCAGGACCACUCCUUAAGUAAUGGGUCUUUCCCUGAAACGCCAGUUACCACAGAAACCAGCAGGACUGUAGGGACCACCAUGCUCCUGAAGGACACAGUCAUUCGAGGGAAAGGGGAAGGGCCUAGGGAGAUGGGUGGAGCUGGAGAAAGAGGGCGGAGACAUACAAGGACACUUUCAUCUGGGGACCAGGAAGAAGUGAAACAAUCACCUCAGACCGCGGCACUGAUGGCCUUGAGCAGACCGCGGAAACCAAUCAGACGUUCCCAGAGUCACAUCACUGCAUCAGAGGAAAAAGAAAAGAAAAAGAGACAGCAAAAGGAGAAGAGCGCGAGAGAGGGUAAAACCAGCCUGCAGCGAUCUAAAACCUUUGUCAACCUCUUCUUCAAGAAAGACCGUAAAGGGAAGAGCCGCUCCAAGUCACCGUCACAUCAAGCAGAUAAAGAUAAGGAGCGGGGUCGUUCCUUCCAGCUCUUGACCUCCCCGAGGGAAUCCCGUGCUGGGGUUAAAGACAGCAGCCUGCUGCCCCGACCAGAGACCCUGCAGCAUGUGGAGGAUAUGGCUAAGAGACUGCUCAGUCAGGAUGAAGUGGCUGCUGUGAUGAGACACUGCAGGCGGUUUUUGUCUGACAAUGUGACUGAGGAUUUGGUACGUCCUCUUUUGGCAAUCUUCGACAGGCCAGAGAAACUGCUGCUUCUCAGAGAAAUAAGGAUGCUGAUUCCUACAACCGAGCUGGGUCGGUUUGACAGCAUGGUCAUGCCCUUUGAGCUCGAGGCGUACGAUAUUCUCAAGAGUCGCUCUGUUCGUUCUCCAGUUCUGCGCUCCCCUCGCAGUGGAACCCCUCGCCGUCACCUCAUCACACCCGUCCCAGACUACAGGGGUGGGUUCCACCUCCAGCCGGUCCAGGACACCCAGCCGGAGCGUAAGCUGAUCGAUGAUUUCGAGAGAUUACGUUUUUCUGGCCAGCAGUCAGGCCAUCUGCCUCCAUCCCGUGCCUUCACCCCUCUGCUGGAUGUACCUGUGGAUAACUACACCUCCUCGCCUGGGCGAACCCGCUCUCUGAGUCCAUCACCCACCCACAGCUUACUCCUCACAGAAUCACCACACAGCACCCAACGUGGGCGCCAACCCCAUCUCUCUCCAAACAGAAGAGAAAACGGGCCCUCACGGUAUGAUGACGUCUCCUUAUUGUCAGCGUCUGACCGAAGAGACCUUGAACGGGGGAGGUCACCUGUGAGGAACGGCCAUGGGAGAGCAAGGAGGGAGGUCAGUCCUGACAGCAUAGAUGGCAGACAGCGCAGGCAGGGGGGCUUCACAGAGGUCAGCGUUCGUGUUCCUUCACAGCGGAGAGGGAGAACCCCUCUGUCUCAUGUUUUCCCGACCCAGAGAGACAAGAGUCCAUCUACAGGCAGAGAGAGCAGUCAGCAGUUCAACGGACAUUCACAAAAUGGUCACGGUGUGAAAAGAAGAGCACCUGAGGAGUAUGAUAUCAACACUUUGACCAUCACCAAGGCCAAGCAGUCACUGGGUAUCAGUAUCUCUGGAGGUAUGGAGUCUAGAGUCCAGCCCAUGAUAAAGAUUGAAAAAAUAUUCCCAGGAGGAGCUGCAUCUACAAAUGAGGCUUUGAAGGCAGGAUAUGAGCUGUUGUCCGUGGAUGGCGAGAGUCUUCAGGGAGUGACUCAUCAGCAUGCGGUGGACGUUAUUCGCAGAGCAUUCAGUAACAAGGCCAAAGACCCGAUGGUUUUUGUGCUCAAGGUCCCAAAGGUCCCCAGCAGCCCCAGGAGACCUGCAGACUAACCUCUGUGUGCCUCACAGUCAAACUGAUGUUCAGGCAUGAGGACACAAAAACCUGCAGCUCCUGGGCCGGUGAAUAAACUCCAGGAUUCUCUCCAGAAGAAGAAAUUUGGGACAGGUAGAUCUCCGGUCACUGUGGAGGGGAAUGCAUUGAAGCAUGUGUCCUAUGAAAAGCAGAGUUAUGACAGUAAAUAUGUCAAAUAAAAGGAGGACAUUAAA